AUGGCUCCGAUUACAACUAAUUAUUCCGAGAUUCAGCAUGAUGAGAUCGAGGCUUUGCGCUCUAUCUAUAUGGACGAUUUCCUGGAGGAAGAAGCAAAGACUGGGGCAUGGAAGAAAGCUGCUGAUCGGGCCUUCCAAAUCAAUCUCCGUAAUCAAACAAGCGAGGAACAGAACAUCGCUCUUACUCUUGCUGUCUCUUUGCCGCCUACUUAUCCCAAAUCUCUUCCGCGUUUGAAUCUGCGUUUUGGACACUCGAUUCGUCAAAAAGUACAAAAGCAAGCUCAAGAUAUUAUCAGCAGCAAGCCAAAAUCUCUACUUGGCUCUGAAAUGAUCUUCGAAAUUGCUACUUCAUUGCAAGACCUUCUUGAUGAUAAUGCUACCUCAUUAAACAUCGUCCCUACCUUAGACGAGGAAAGAGCCGCAAGAGAGGUUGCCGCGAGACUUAAAGCCGAACAAGAUGAAGAAGAAAGGCGGCAACAGGCCAUUAAGGCUGACGAAGAAGAGGAACAAAUGCUUCUAGAAAUGGUCAAGCACCGAAAAUCACGAUCCAACAGGCGCAACAGCAAGUCAAUAAAUCAAUUGGAUGAACCGGUUAGUGGGGAGGAUAUCCUUGGAGGUGUCACCUUUGAACGCCCCGCACGAACGAGAAACAGAAAUGACAGUGGGACAAUGACCAUACACACCGUACAUCAAAGGGUUCAAUACCGUCAAGGUCCAGUAUCUAACGUGGUUACAGUCCAGCCAUGGAACGUGGAUCAAGCGGUAUCCACCCACGAGAAUCCGCCUUAUUUAGUUCUCAAAGAAUGUAAGAUUUCAUCGACGAAACGAGCUGUCCAGAACUUAGAGUCAAGACUCGAGUUUCAUACCCAACUCAAAUCCCAUCAGAGCAUCUCUCAGCCCCUUACUUUUCGAAUUCAGCGGGAUACUGCCACCGAACCUUCGUCUUCUAGUGAUGAUGCCAAUUGGACCAUCAUUAUACUAAUGGAACUUGCUGAGAGACGGUCAUUACGGGAAACCCUGGAAGUUGUCGACAAAUUGGACGCAAAGCUGGUGCGUGCAUGGUCUAUACGGCUCAUCGAAGGUCUCCAACAUUACCAUCGACAUGGAUCUGCACACGCAAGCCUCCACUUGGGUAACGUACUCCUAGAAACAGGCGAAGCAGAGAGGGGUGAUAGGAAAGUCACCGUCCCCAAGCUGUCAGAUGGAGGGUACCAACGCGACUUGCACUUGCUGAAAAAGGGUAAUACCUCAAGGUACUCCUCGAUUGCCUGGACCGCGCCCGAAGUAGUCAACAACAACAGCCAAGCGGAGGCCAUGCCAGCGACAGAUAUAUGGGACUUCGGCCGUUGUUUCUUGCAGAUGGCCUUCGGAUUGAGCAUUUUGGAACAUCCAUCCCCAAAGUCUCUGAUGGAGGAGCUCAAAAUGAGCAAGAGUUUAAUGGCAUUGCUAAGCCAGAUUUUCCAGAACGACCCCAAGAAGCGCCCCUCUGCUUGGGAUUUGUUACAUUUUGAGUUCUUCCGCAAUGAUGAUCAUUUGCUCGAUGAGGAUCCCACCUUCUCUUCGAUUUCUGGAGAGGCCGCACCCUCUGAUGGUAAAGGCUUGCAGCGGCACCAUUUUCGACGGGAAUCGACUGCGGCUCCGCAAUCACGCUAUGCAAAGGAGUUUGUGGAAGACGGUCGCCUCGGUCGUGGUGGCUUCGGAGAGGUCUUUAAAGCGAGAAACAAAGUCGGUGCGUCGAUUUUGGAGCUGAUUCUUCCUAACCGGUAG